CUUUCAGAAGGAAAUUACCAUGAUUCCUCUGCUGGUGGUUCUUGCCGUCAUCGCCAUCAAAGAUGCACUGGAAGACUACAGACGCUAUUUGUUCGACAGGAAGGUCAACAACAAUGUUGCACGGGUAUUCUGUGGGUGAGUGAACCUCUCUCAGCCUAACUGGUUAAUGCCAGUGACAGAUGCUGUUUCGGAAAUGUAUUCAUGGCUGUAACUGGGUUGUCAAAUGACAAUGUGCUCAACACAGGUAGAUUGAAACCCCUUGUAAACUACAUUGGAAGAAUCAGGAUAAUUGAGUCAGCCAACUCAUGCAGAAUGGUGUGUUUGUCAACGUACAUUUAUAAUGUACAGCAGUAGGGGGGAGCGGGGUGACAAUACUAAGUCAACACUCUGUACACACGCUGUCGGCACUUAUAUUUAGAUUGUGGAGGAGGGGCUUUUUGAAAUGCAGUGUGAACAGGGCCAGCUACAGCAGCACAUCAGCUGACUUCCUUGGUUGCAUGUUGCAGAAUACAAGCAAACUCCUCAAAUUAGAACCAUGAAGUGACACAUACUGGUUCUGUCGCUGUGUUGUUUAACAUGUGAUAUAAAGUCGAAUCUGAUUUCUUUGUGAAAACUGUUCCCAGGAUCACACGUGAUUCCAAGAAGGCGACUAGUUUAAAGAAACUCUGCAACAUUUACUUUUGCAACAGCGCCCUCUGCUGCCAAACGUGGUGAUUGUCACUGGUGGUCCCUGUGUCUUUGUGAUAAAGCGGAUUUCAUGUAAAGAACAAACAUAGUCUAUCAAUGUGUUGAGCUCUGACUGCAUACUCCACCGCAACUGAGUGGUGGAUAUUACCCAUGAUUCCCAGCUUCCUGAACCAGAAGAGCUGCAACUAAAGCCUGGCAAAAUUCUUCAUAUUCAAAAAAUGUCCUUGCUUAAUAUUCAGGAUCAACAUUGAUUUUAAAUCACUUCCAACCUUUUUUAACUGAUCUACAGUCUAGCAUUUCUGUUGACCUUGCAGGUCCUGAUUCAAAUUAGCAUUGGCUUAGUGUUGCUUUAAGUUAAGGCUUUUACCAGUUCAGUGACCACAUUAAUAACUAAUAACGAAAUUAAUGUUUUUCAAGUCUAGUUGCACUUAUGAUUAUCCUAAAAAUAGUCAAUAAUUUCGUAGGACAUUUGUACGUAUAAAAUGUUGUUAACUGUCUCUUGAUAUACUUUUUAUUCCGUGUUUUUAUAUUUGUGACUUGUUACUAUUGAGAAACCCUGAAUUUACCAAAAGAAGCCGCAGUGUAUGAGUGAUGUAUCACAGGGAAAGGGCUGCACAUAGAUGAACUGUAUUGGAGUGUGUGUGUGAAUGGGUGAAUGUAAAUCUGAAUAGUUAAUCACUUUGAAUGGUCAUCAAGACAAGAAAAGCAUUUAAUAAAUACAGACCAUUUACAGCAGUUACACAACAAACUCCAUGGUGACACCAUGUUGUAGAAAUCUUGGUCUUUGUCAGUAACCUCGGAUAUGAUGACCUCUAGUGGCCGGAUUUAUGCAGGGGCCUCCAGCUUCUUUAGAAAGAUGUUCACACUUAGUCAUGAUGGCCUAUCGAGUGUAAACUGAUAUAUAGAUUAAAUAAAUUAAGUUUAAAUUGCACAUUUUAACAUUUUGUUGAGACUGCAACAAUCUCAACCUCUCUGCACAAGAUCUGUGGUGCUACAACCACGUCCCACUACUUCCAGCUGCGCACCUCGUGGAGAGGUUCACAACCAGAGCUCCUCAGUUAAACAAAGACAUACAUGUGGGUCAUUUCAGGCAAAUGAAGAUAGAGACAAUACUCUUGUGAUUUUAUUGUAAAAAGAACGGCACUCUGUGGAGCGCACACCUCUAUAGACCCAACAGUCCCCUUAUAAAACCACAUUUGAAUUCACUAGGUGCAGAUUUUUAUUAUGAUCUGCACCAAAUUGCACACAUUAAUAAAUAUCAGGCCCCUUAAAAUGGCUGAUUUUGAAAACAUCAAGAUCCAUGUUUAAGAAAGUGAGAAAAGAUAAUCAUGGACCCACUGAUGUACAACACAAAGGUAAUGGGUUCUUUCUUACGUCAUACCCUGCUCCUUAACAAAAUUUCAUUGAAAUCGGUUCAUGUCUCACUAAUUUGCAACAGAAAAAUAUAUUUGAAAGGAACUUUAUACAUUUUUUUUAAUAAAGAUAAUAAACAUCUAUUUCCAUUAAUUAUCUAUCCACAAAGUUACAACAUAUUAAUAUUUAACAUAUCUGUAGAGAAUUCACUGGCCACGUCAUCAUGUGUGACAUAAGAAAUGUUUUCUCCCGAAAAUACGUUUUGCAAAAACCAUUUAGUGUUGUAAUACUCUAUUAUAUGAGUCAGGGUUGGUUUCUAGGCUUGUCCUCCUGGGGGUUGGAAUUUCCCUCUGCCCCCUCCCCUUCCUGUGCCUUACCAGAACAGUCUGCUGCUGUACCUGGGUGCGUUCCUGCCAGUAAUGUUGACUUUUGGAAGAUCCCUCAUUUCAGUUCUUUGAAUGUUCAAUGAUACAGUGUCACCUGCAAGACGAGCAUUUAAAACUGAAAGUAGGAAGCAGUGAGAACAGGAAUAGAGUAGUAAUGGACACUCAUUAUGAAUAUAAUUUUCCAUUUGUGCAGAUAGGUCCCCUACAUCCUUCACACAGGAGCUUUAAUGGACAGCUCAGUGUGUUGGUUGUGUGGGUAACAGGUGAGAGGUUCAAGAGAGAUUUUCUACCGCUGCUGUCAUGAAAAUGGAUGUUGUUGAUUCGAGCUUUAUUUGUCAUGUGGAAUUUAACACUGGAUCAACAGUACUAUAAAAGGUGUUGGACGAGAAGAGACAGGUCAGCUCAGCUGUGCAAUAAUUAAAUUAAAAUAAAAGCAAGGUAGAAAGGGCUUUAUAUAGGAGUCAAAUACAACACAACAAUAAAAAGUAUUUACAUUCAAUGGAGCCGUGUAAUGUAAAUGUGGUGACAACUUUAACUGUGUGGGAUCUGUCUGCAUAAGUUGCUGCACAUUAUCCAGAGGUGAGCUGAGGGGAAAAGAAGGCAGUUAAACAGAUGUGCAGGGGUUGUUGGAUAUGAAAUGACCACUGGGCGGCUGUGGCUGAGGGGUAGAGUGGUCGUCUUCCAACCUGAAGGUAGGCGGUUCGAUCCCCAGUCUGACCCAUCUGCAUGCUGAAGUGUCCUUGGGCAAGAUGCUGAACCCUGAAUGGCCCCCCGUAGAAUAACAAAGUGCUGUGAAUAGAUGCACUGUAUGAAUGUGUGUGUGAAUGGGUGAAUGUACAACUGUACUGUAAAGCGCUUUGAGUGGUCAUCAAGACUAGAAAAGCACUAUAUAAAUACAAAGCCAUUUACCAUUUACUUGUUUAGAACCCUGGUGCGUGCAGCCCUGCUCCUGUAGAGUCUGCCAGAUGGCACCAGAGAGAACAGUCUGCCUGCUGGGUGGCUGUGGUCCUUGGUUAUACUCUGUUAUGCUGGUUCAUGGUGUUGUCAUUGGUGCAGGGAUUGAGUUGGAGGGUUUCUCUCUUUAAGUCACUGCCUCAGUGAGUCUGUCCACUGAGAUGGUCUCCAAGGUAAUCACUGACGGCACACUCCCUGCUGCCGCUCAGACUCUUGUAUGUCUUGUUACACAAUCUGUCUUUGUGUCAGUUGUAAAAACUUGUACCUUGAGUUUGUUUACAGUGUGCCCUUAAGAGGAGUGUAGGUGCGUUCCGUCCGCGGGUAGUUAGCGAUCCACCCAGCUCUCACGCUUCCCACUUUGCGUGGACAGGGUGAAAGGACUCCACAUCAGAAUGGUCAGUUAGAAGAAAGGACAGCGUGAAUCCGCGAGAAAAACACAACACAAUCUGGAGAACAAGUGCAGGCAGGUGAGGCUUCCAAGUGGAGACAUACAGCAGCGGGUAGACCAGGAGCGGAGGACUCAUGUAUAGCUGGGAGCUUCCGUACCAUCGUCACUCUACCAAGGAGCGCCUCCGGAAAAAGAGGACAGUGGUACCCUCCUGUACAGACGAUGAGGAAUUGGGUAAACUCCUGAAGCUGUAUAAAAGCAACAAGAUUCGCACCACAAAGUAUUCUCUCCUUUCAUUCCUGCCCAAGAAUCUGUUCGAGCAGCUCCAUCGCUUUGCCAAUGUUUACUUCAUCGCACUUGCUGUGCUCAACUUUGUUCCUGUGGUAGAGGCCUUCCAGCCAGAGAUCGCUGUGGUCCCGGUCGUACUGGUGUUGUCAUUGACGGCCAUAAAAGACAUUUGGGAAGACCACCGCAGGUUUAAAUCCGAUCAUUUGAUCAACAGGCUUCUCUGCCGUGUUUACAGCAGCAAACAGAAAGCCUACAAUGACCAGUGCUGGAAGGAUGUGCGAGUGGGAGACUUUGUGCGUCUGUCCUGUAAUGAAAUCAUCCCUGCUGAUAUGCUGCUGCUGUAUUCCUCUGACCCCCGUGGGGUCUGCUACAUUGAGACCGCCAACCUGGACGGAGAGACCAACCUGAAACAGAGACAGGUGGUUUCAGACCUCCCACUGCAGGGAGAAGAGUUCACCCCCGAGAGCUUCCCCAGCCGGAUCGAGUGUGAGAACCCCAACAAUGACCUCAGCAGGUUCAGAGGCUACAUGGAGCAUCCCAGUGGGGUUCGUGUUGGCCUCCAUAACAGCAACCUCCUGUUGAGGAGCUGCACCAUCCGCAACACUGAGACGGUGGUGGGCAUUGUGGUCUAUGCCGGUCAUGAGACCAAAGCCAUGAUGAACAACAGUGGGCCGAGGUACAAGCGCAGCCAGCUGGAGAAGCGUCUGAACACAGACAUCCUGUGGUGCGUGGUCCUGCUCAUCAUCAUGUGUCUGACUUCUGCUGUAGGUCACGGCCUCUGGCUGAAGAACUUGAAGGACCCCGUCUUUGGGGUUAAUACGGACACGUCUCCUGCCUUGGCGGGAUUCUAUGUCUUUUGGACUAUGAUCAUUGUGCUCCAGGUGCUGAUUCCCAUUUCUCUGUACGUGUCCAUUGAGAUUGUGAAACUGGGUCAGAUCUACUUCAUCCAUAACGACUUAGACCUGUACAACGAGCAGCUGGACUCCAGGAUCCAGUGCCGGGCCCUCAACAUCACUGAGGACCUGGGUCAGAUCCAGUACCUGUUCUCCGAUAAGACAGGGACUCUGACAGAAAACAAGAUGGUGUUCUGCCGCUGCAGUAUCUAUGGGGUCGAAUAUCCUCAUGUCGAAAAUGCUCGAAGACUGGAGGUGUACGAGGCGGAGAAGAACAAGGCAGCGGAUCACUCUGUGACCCUGAGGUCAGGCUGCAGUGCUAAGUCUCGGAGCUGUCGCUCCCUCAGCUGCAACCGCAGCUCUGUGUCUCUGCAUACGCUCACUGCUGAUUCAGAGGAGGAGGACGAACAACUGUCCAAUCAGAUCCAGGCCAGAACCAGUGCCUUCUGCAGCCGCAUGGCGAAGGAGGUGGUGCCAGACCCUGAGCUGGUGAGGAAGUUGAACUGGUUUUCUUCCCCCCUGAAUGAGGCCUCCUCUGGGACUCCCUCCAGCCUGGAACUCGCCUACAUCACUGACUUCUUCCUGGCACUGACCAUCUGCAACAGUGUGGUGGUCUCCUCUCCCAGUCAGCCUCGACAUGUGGUGCCUGAAGCACGGACACCUCUCAAGUCUCUGGAGGAAAUCAAGCUGAUGUUCCAGCGCUUCAGCUUCCCUCCAUUUUCUGCACUGUCCACGUUCUCCCCUCCCCAGAUCAGAGGCAGCCCUCGCAAUUUCACCAGCAGGCUGUUCACCAGGGGGAAGACCGGCUCCUUCUCCCCAACCGCCAACAACGCUACAGACGGCUCAGAACCAGGGAGAGACAACGAUAUGGACACCCCCAAGCUGAGGUGUAUCCUGGACUUUUCUGCACCAGGGGAGGGAGGAAAUGCUGCACAGGUGGAGGACGAUAUCAAGAAAGAUGAUAUCAAGGAUGCAAAGACAAGCCCAGACGGGCCCAGACAGGAAGUGGAAGUGGAUUCUGAUAGUGAUGUUGAUGAUGAGCUGCUGUAUGAGGCGGAGAGUCCAGACGAGGCGGCUCUGGUCCACGCAGCGCGGGCGUACCGCUGCACCCUAAGGGGACGCUCUCCUGAAAGCCUGCUGGUGGAUCUGCCAGGAAUCGGCUCACUGGCUGUGCAGCUUCUUCACAUCCUGCCCUUCGACUCCAACAGGAAGAGGAUGUCGGUGGUGGUCCGCCACCCACUCACAGGACAAGUGGUCGUUUACACCAAGGGAGCCGACUCUGUUAUCAUGGACCUGGCCGAGACUUCUAAAGGAGCAGAGCAAGCGCAGGAGUUCCACAGUCACAUCAAAGAUCAAUCCCAGAAACAUUUAGACAGCUAUGCCAGAGAAGGCCUCCGCACACUCUGCAUCGCUAAAAAGGCUCUGGAGGAAGAGGAGUAUGAGGCGUGGCUGAAGAGACAUCUGCUGGCAGAGAGCAGCAUAGAGAACAGAGAGGAGCUGCUGCUGGACUCAGCUCAGAGACUGGAGACCAACCUCACCCUGCUGGGUACCACAGGGAUUGUGGACCGACUGCAGGAGGACGUCCCAGAGACCAUUGAAGCUCUUCAGCGGGCUGGGAUCAAAGUCUGGGUCCUCACUGGAGACAAACAGGAGACGGCCAUUAACAUCGCCUACGCCUGCAAACUCCUCCGUCCCAAUGACCGACUGCUGACAGCCAACUGUGGAAGCAAGGAUGCUUGUGCAGCUUUUCUCAAGGAGCUCAAACUAGAGGUGCAGUGUGGACAGGACGGUUUGACCGAAGCUCCUGCAGCCGGGGCUCAUGGGGAAUCCUCCUCUGGCAGCGUGUCCAGCUUCAUCCUGGUUAUAGACGGCCAGACACUGGACUGGGCGCUUCAGGAGGAGCUGAAGAGGGACUUCUUAGAGCUGAGCAGCAGAUGCAAGGCGGUCCUCUGCUGCAGGUCCACUCCGCUGCAGAAGAGCGAGGUGGUUCGGCUGAUCCGCGACCAGCUUGGCGUCAUGACUCUGGCAGUGGGUGAUGGAGCCAAUGACGUGAGCAUGAUUCAGAUGGCUGAUGUGGGCAUUGGGAUAUCAGGUCAAGAGGGAAUGCAGGCUGUGAUGUCCAGUGACUUUGCCAUCUCCAGGUUCAAACACCUCAGCAAGCUGCUUCUGGUUCACGGUCACUGGUGUUACUCUCGUCUGGCAAACAUGAUCCUCUACUUCUUCUAUAAGAAUGUGAUGUAUGUCAAUCUGCUGUUCUGGUAUCAGUUCGUCUGUGGGUUCUCUGGGAGCGUCAUGACCAACUCCUGGGUGCUGAUCUUAUUCAACCUGAUCUUCACCUCCGUUCCUCCCCUCAUCUAUGGCAUCCUGGACCAAGACAUGCCUGCAGAAACCCUGAAGGGGGUUCCUGAGCUCUACCAGGCUGCGCAGACCUCCAAGAUUUAUGUUCCCCACAUGUUCUGGAUCACUGUCCUGGAUGCAUUUUACCAAAGCCUUGUGUGCUUCUUCAUACCUUACUUUGCACUGACGGGGUCAGACGUUGGGAUUCUGUCCUUUGGCUCUCCGAUCAACGCCUCCGCUCUCUUCAUCAUCCUGCUGCACCAAGUCCUCGAGAGUCACACUCUGACUUGGAUUCACGGUCUGGUGCUGCUGCUCAGUGGGGGCUCCUACUUUGGCUUUGUGCUGCUCUUCAGUGUGUCCUGUGUGACCUGCAGCCCCCCCACUAAUCCUCUGGGGGUCGAAACACUCCAGAUGUCCCAGCCUCUCUUCUACAUCAUAUGUGCAGUCACUACUUUCACAGCUCUGUUACCCAGGAUGUUGUUUCGAGCUGUGUACAGCACCGUGCACCGCACCGCUGCCCUGAAGUCCUCUCAUGUGGAAAAGGUGGAGUCAGAGAACUACCGCAAGAGAAUGCAGCGAUGGAACCUGAGCCACCACAGAGUCAACCGGCUGCCGGUGUGCGCCAACAACCCCGGCCUGGAGCCCAGCACUCUACACACACAGACACACACAGACAGACAGAGAGCUGUUUGAUUUGACCAGGGAUAGAAAGAGCUGAUUUUUUUUUUUAGAAGAGACUGUUGACGUUCACAUGCUGGAUUCGUGUGCACGUCACAGGAAGAAGAGGAUUCUUCACAUGUUCACGUUCUGCUGCACUGCUUCACUCUGCUGAAAGACUGAUAGGACAUGUCCUCUGCCAGAGGGACUUAUUAGCCUUAACCAUCGUGAGACCAGCCUCCACUGGCCUUUGCGCUGCAGUUACCAUAGUGAGCCACCAGGCUGAACGGGACAGGAAGUUGGUCGAACCCCCUGCAACUGAAUGUGGCCAAAUCUUUUAUUUAUUUAUGACUUUCAGCCACAACGUGUGGCCUUCUACUUUGGAUGGAGUUACUAAGUUACCAUGGAAAUUGUUGAUGCUUGAACAGAGACAGUGGGUAUCAAACUAUAUCAAUUAAUUUAGAGACAGGAUCGCUGUGUGUGAGCCAAUCUGCCAGGUUCUCACUUCAUGGAUCAUUUAACACUGAUAAUGAGCUCACACUCCCCACGAAACACACACAUACACACACACUUACCCACUGACAUGUUUACAGUAGCUGGAAUGUGUUUACUGUUCUUUGAGCUGAAGGAGCUUAAGAGAUGGGGAAAUGAUUUUCUCUCUGCAGUUUUGCUUCAUUCUGGACCAGUCUGUUUAUUUAUUUUCUGAUCUUGUAUUGCUGUAAACAACAUCCUCUAUUCACAACCCCACUGACUCUUCAUCUAUACAUGAAAGACAUGACAACACUUAUCAUAGAACAAAGACAGAAGCUGAGCUCUCUUCAUAUUUAUAUUAUGUUCACCCCUGAUCAAACAAAAUGAACUGAAAAGGUUGAAGGAUUCAUUUGAAACUGAUGUUACUGUUUGAUAAGGUAGCAACAAAUAUCCAGGGAUGGAUUACUGAAGGAACCUGACAAAACAUUCACUCCAUUGUACGCCGGGCAGAAAUGACUCCAGACCCGAUGUUCACUCGGAUCAGCUCCACUGCUCAAACAAAUCUGAGCCAACGGAUUUUUGUAUCCUACCUCUGUCUAUACUUCCAUUUUCUUGAUGGCUGCUUAUCCCCUUGACUUCAAACAUGGCUGCUGUGUUUCUGAGGAGCAGAGGGAAGUCAUGAAGGAUGUUGAACGCUGCGUCCUGAACACUGAACAUACAGAACCACUGGUGUGGCCUUUAAGUGUCAUAUAUUUGUGUUAAUGAAUUAUGACGGCUGCACUGCACAUGAUGACAAGGUGUGCUCAAAUCCACACCUGUACCUGGGCACUGCUGUUAAUACCAUCUCACUUAAUAUCAUGUGACAAUGGUUUAAUGUGGAUUUGGAACUGGAUGCCAUUCUAACUACUGGUUGUGUCAGGUGUGUGAACACAUGUGAUAGAAAACCUGAGCCAAGUCAGGAAGUUUAAAGUGAAGUGACCUUGCUGCCUCUAUGCCCAUAAACCAAAUGGGGAUUUUCUCUCAGCCUUAACUUUGAUACAGUACCUUGAACAAAGCCUUGACCACUACUCACGGUGUACUGAUUGUUUUUGAUGUAAUAUAGAAACCAGCAAAAAUUGUUUGUGCAGACUUGUGUUUAAGACAUGGCAAUAAAAAUACUAUUAAUAAUGAUGAUGAUGAUAAUUAAAGAGAUUGUUGUUCAGA